AUGCAAGGUGCCACCAUCAGACUUCUCCAUUCAUCCCAGUAUCCUUUUAAGUGGAGUGACCCCAGUGUACCAGCCUACGGGGCGGAUGUGCUGCGUUGGUGGGUGGCAGAGUCAAACAUCUUCUCUGAGGUUCAGAUUGGACCCGCUGCACUCAACUCAGCCAGAGACAGCAUCGGCAAGCUGAGGAACACUCUGAAGUUCCUGCUCGGAAACCUGCAGGGCUUCGACCCACGUGUUCAGGCUGUGGACCCCAAAGAGAUGCACUACAUCGAUCAGUACAUGCUGCACCUGCUGCGCGACUACAGCAUCAAGGUGUGUAGAGGUGCAUGACAUGUUCAUCUCAGUCCAAACAGUACGAUCUGCUGACUG